GCCGCCGCCGCCGCCAUGUACCCUGCGGGCCCCCAGGCCGGCCCGGUCCCGCGCCGCGGCCGCCGCCCCCCGCCCGGGCCCCCCGCGCCCGCGCCGGCCCCCGCCUCCGCCGCGCGGCCGCCGCCCCCUGCGCCCGGUCCGCGGCCCCGCGUGGCCGUGAAGAUGGCCUUCCGCAAGGCCUACUCCAUCAAGGACAAGCUGCAGGCCAUCGAGCGCGUCAAGGGCGGCGAGCGGCAGGCCAGCGUGUGCCGCGACUUCGGCGUGCCCGGCGGGACGCUGCGCGGCUGGCUCAAGGACGAGCCCAAGCUGCGCUGGUUCCUGGAGCAGCUGGGCGGCGAGGUGGGCACGCAGCGCAAGAAGAUGCGGCUGGCCAACGAGGAGGAGAUCGACCGCGCCGUGUACGCCUGGUUCCUGGCGCUGCGCCAGCACGGCGUGCCGCUGUCGGGGCCGCUCAUCCAGGCGCAGGCCGAGGCCUUCGCGCGCCAGAUCUACGGGCCCGAGUGCACCUUCAAGGCCAGCCACGGCUGGUUCUGGCGCUGGCAGAAGCGCCACGGCAUCUCCAGCCAGCGCUUCUACGGCGAGGCCGGGCCCCCCGCCCCGGGCCCCGCGCCCGGCCCCCCGGUCAAGGAGGAGCCCGCGCUGCCUCCCGGCGCCUGCCCCCUGCCCGACCGCGGCCCGGCCCCGCCGCCCCCCGCCGAGGGCGGCUACGGCGACGAGCAGAUCUACAACGCCAACGUCACCGGCCUCUACUGGAAGCUGCUUCCGGAGCAGGCUGCGCCCCCGGGCGCAGGGGACCCCGGGACUGGGGGCUGCGGCCGGCGCUGGCGGGGCGACCGCGUGACGGUGCUGCUGGCCGCCAACCUGACCGGCAGCCACAAGCUGAAGCCGCUGGUCAUCGGGCGGCUGCCGGACCCGCCCAGCCUGCGCCACCACAACCAGGACAAGUUCCCGGCCUCCUACCGCUACAGCCCCGACGCCUGGCUCAGCCGGCCUCUGCUGCGGGGCUGGUUCUUCGAGGAAUUUGUCCCGGGCGUCAAGCGCUAUCUGCGCCGAAGCUGCCUGCAGCAGAAGGCCGUGCUGCUGGUGGCCCACCCGCCGUCCCCAAACCCGACCUCCAGUAUGCCCGCCCUGGAGGAGAGCGAGGAGACCCCCAUGCGGUGCAGGCCGGAGCCUCUGGGCCCCCCGGAGGAGCUGCAGACCCCGGAUGGCGCUGUGCGCGUGCUGUUCCUGUCCAAAGGCAGCAGCCGGGCACACAUACCCGCACCGCUGGAGCAGGGCGUGGUGGCCGCCUUCAAGCAGCUGUACAAGCGUGAGCUGCUGCGGCUGGCUGUGUCCUGCGCCAGCGGCUCCCCGCUGGACUUCAUGCGCAGCUUCAUGCUCAAGGACAUGCUCUACCUGGCCGGCCUCUCCUGGGACCUGGUGCAGGCGGGCAGCAUCGAGCGCUGCUGGCUGCUGGGCCUGCGGGCCGCCUUUGAGCCCAGGCCCGCAGAGGACAGUGCUGGGCAGCCAGCACAGGCCGAGGAAGCUGCGGAGCACAGCAGGGUGCUCAGCGACCUCACUCAUCUGGCAGCUCUGGCCUACAAGUGCCUGGCUCCCGAGGAGGUUGCAGAGUGGCUGCACCUGGAUGAUGAUGGCGGUCUGCCCGAGGGCUGCAGAGAGGAGGUGGGCCCAGCCCUGCCCCCUGCAGCCCCUCCAGCCCCAGCCAGCCUACCCUCUGCCAUUGGGGGUGGAGAGGAGGAGGAGGAGGCCACCGAGUAUGGAGGGGCCUCAGUGCCCACUGCCGGGGAGGCCGUGCGGGGGCUAGAGACGGCUCUGCGGUGGCUGGAGAGCCAGGACCCCAGAGAAGUGGGGCCACUGAGGCUGGUGCAGCUGCGCUCACUCAUCAGCAUGGUGCGGAGGCUGGGGGGCAUCGGGAACACUCCUGAAGGCCCCUAUGACAGUGUGUGACCAGGCCAGCCCGGUGACCUCCUGCUGCACUAGGAGGAAGGGGACGCACAGGGUCUCCUAUCCUCUCCUCCCCUGGGUGGCCCACUCCAUGGGUAUGGCGGUCACAGGUAUCCAAGCCCAGCCUGGCUUGGAGGAUCUCUGUUGGUGAGAGGUCACCCUGCCUCAUUGGCACCCCAGUCUCCUGGAGAUGCAGCUGGAAGAGAGGGUCGGCCCAUGCUGCUCCAAGGGCAGGCACAUGCGCAGGGCGUACAAGGCACAGAGCCUGUCGGAACAUGAGGCCGUGUUCCCGCUCUGGCCCCCGUGGGGCUGGGCCUCUGUCCCCGCACCAGUCACAUGCACUGGACGAGGGCCCGACACUCCUGUCUGCCGUCGAGCCCUGGUGCUGCGUGGUCCCCGAGCCACAGCGUGGUCAUCUCAGUGGCGAAGCACACCAAUUGGUUCUAUUUUUUAACACAUUAAAUCUGUUUUUAAAGAUACUCUUCAGAGGGGCCGUGAGAACGGGCCGGGUGGGCUGAUUUCGGGCCACCCUGCGGUUGCUCUGGAGGUCAGAGGCAGACACCUAAGGUACUGGAGCAUCACAGUGGAGUCGGGGAGGGAUGGAUUCUCGUAGUCAGGGCUUCCUUAGGUUCUGGGCACAACAGGGAGGUGGAGUUCCGUUUCCCUGGAUUUUUAAUUUUCCCUAAGAAAAUUCUGGUCUAAACAGAUCUCUUACUCCAUGGGAUUGGCAGCUGCCUGGAUUUGGGCCCUGGUGACCUGGCCAAUGGCAGGAGAGUUUUCCCAUGCUUCCUCAUCAGCCGCAGACCAUUUUUUCUGGCCCCAGGGCCCAGAGCCACCUGACAUACCUGGAAGCAGGCCCUGGCAGUAAUGGCCACCAAGGCAAUCCACAGUGCCUUAGCAUCACCCUCUUUGGGAUCCCCUCCCCCACUGCCCCUCAAAUCUGCCUCUCCCCGUCCGUGGCUGACAAGCUACCCCUGGGAGGCCUAGUUUGAAAGGUCGAAAGGGCCCCAGGGCCUGUCCAGCCUUGGUCCUGUUCUGCUUCGGCCAGGUCUAGGCCUGGAGUCCUUCCGGUGGGACUGGGGCUGCCGAUGCCCAUGCCUCCCCAGGUGGGGUGGGGGCUGCCUUUGCAGAGAGGCUGCCCGAACUGGUGUCAUGGGCAGGGGACUGGCCCCUCAUCCCCACCUGCCUCCAGUGUCCUAGCAGUGGGAACCUUGAGAACACAGAGUUGCAGAGUGCAGGGUAGGCCUGAGGCCUGCACAGCGAAGGGAACGGCUGUGCACCAGCUUGGCAGUGGGGCAGCUGGAGGGAGUUUCCCCAAAAGUGACUUCUGUACAGUUCCAAGAACAAACAGUUCCUUGGAACUACCGCAAGUCAAGAAAUUUAUACAUAUAUACGUAUAUAUCUAUAUCUGAAAUCUGAGAGCUGAGGGAGCUGUGGAAAUUUUGGGAAGAAGCAGACUCCCCAAGCAGAGCUCGGAGCAGCAGCCUACUCCCGGCGUGCCUGCCGAGUUCAUCAGGCCAGCCCCGCCUGCAGGAAGAGCCUCCAGCCUGAACUGCUGGAAUAGGCUGCAAAAAGCCUGGGGCAUUUGGGCCAGAAGCUUCUCAGGGGCCCAGGCACCCAAGGUGGGGACGCCACCUCCUUUCUGCCAGGCCUGCCUCCUGGGCGCCCAGGAGGAGCCGCCUCACGGCUACAGUGCCAGUGAGGGCUGCACACCCGGGCCUAGGCUGCAGUCUGGGCCACCCGAGCCCCAGCUACUCAUUGCUGCUGCGUCUUUGGCAAGGCUUUCAUCUCCAGCAUUUCUUCCCAUCUCGGCUCUUUCAUUGGCCUGGGUCCCAGAAGGCUGGCACUGGUGCUGGCAGACCCCAUUCUCUAUCUGGGUGGCUCUGUCCCACAGUCCCUGGAUGAUCACUUUCUAUAAACAAGGCAGUACUGAUUUUUGCUAUUAAAAAAGAAAAGCAGGUGCAGGCUGGUGGGGGCAUUAGGCUCUGAAGAGUGGGUCUGCCUGCUGGCAUUUACUGGAUGGGGAAUCCUCCUGAAGAGGGCUUAAAAAGCAUCUCCUAGCAUGGGGUGCACUGGCACAUGGUGCUGUGUGGCAGAGGCUGGGGCUGCUCUGCCCAUGCCUGGCCCCAAGGGCAGCCCCAGCCAUGGAUCCCUGAGACCUGGGCUGGAACCUGGGGCCCUGUCCCAGUCGGGGUUCCAGCUCACUAAGUCUCUCUGGGUUCUGCUCAGUGUCUGAAGUGAUGGAAAGACCCCAGGAUUGGUGGCUGUAUUGGACACUGGGGGUGGGGGAACCCUUUGGGAGGCUCUUUACCAAGGUUGUGCUGGUACCCUUGCCUGCCAGGCCCUGGCUGUGGUGACAGGCAUCUGCUUCCUCCAAAAGCCAUGACCGCCUUCAGAGCAUGGCCUCUCGCUCUAGCAGAUUCUGCACAUUCCCUGCUGGCACAGGGGUGGGCCGGGGCUAUGAGCCAGCUGUCCUCAGCUCAGAUGGCCCCCAGACCCCCUAGCUCCUGCUCACUGCUCUUCCAGUUAGUGAUCCUGUGUCAACGUCACUGUCAGAGCCCCUGGUCUGGAUAAGGGAAGGCGCUGAGUCAUGAGUGCAGGUCCUGUUGAAACCACCCGACCCGCGGUGUCAGGGGGAUGAGACCACUGCCUUGCCCCAGGAACCUGCAGGCUUGGGGGACUCCCUGGAUGUCCGCUGAGCUGUGGAUGAAACAUCAGAAUGUGCUGGAAAAGGGGAGUACCCCUAGACUGGGGGUGGUCCCGCAGGGAUCUCAGCCCCUUUCCUACCUAGUUGAGAUGCCCAUGGGGAGCGAUCCCAACAGCACAUGGGGGUCCCUGGGCUUGCAGGGCCCACCAUCUGUGGAGAAUCCUUCCUCUAACUGACAAGCUUGUUUACAGCUGAGCUUGCCCGCUUGGGUGGGCCCAGUGGCUUUAUCUAAUAAAGGCCAGGACAUGCCC